AAAUUUAGGAGAAUUUAAAUACUUGACCCUCUGCUGCCUAGGACACAGAAAGUUGUGAAAUGGCUACCCCACUCCUCACCACCACUCUCACAAUCCAAAACCCAAACAAACCAAUCACCGAGAACCCACCUGAAACUAACUCACUCAAGCUAUGCAAAACCUUAAAAGAACUAAAACAACACCAAGCCCAUAUCACAAAACAAGGCCUUAAGAAAAAGACCCAUCUUUUAACCAAACUCAUAGCUGCCUGUGCUGAACUAGCCACUCCUGAAAGCUUAAAACAUGCAAGAAAAGCCUUUAAUUUGUACUAUGUGAAAAAAGAAAAUGCCCCUUAUCUUUACUUGUUGAAUUGUUUGAUUAGAGGCUAUGCUUUUUGUGGGCUUUGUGAUGAAUCAGUCAAGAUUUAUGCUGACAUGUUGAGACAAGGUGUUGGGUUUGAUCACUAUACUUUCCCUUUUGUGUUGAGUGCUUGUGCUAAAAAAGAUGGGUUUUUUGAGGGAGUUCAGGUUCAUGGGAGUGUUGUGAAGAUGGGUUUUGAGGAAGAUGUGUAUAUACAGAAUAGUUUGGUGCAUUUUUAUUGCGAGUGUGGUGAGGUUGAGGAAGGGAGGAAGGUGUUUGAUGAAAUGUGUGAGAGAAAUAUUGUGUCGUGGACUAGUUUGAUUUGUGGGUGUGCUAGGUGGGGUUUUGCUGAGGAGGCUGUUUCUUUGUUUUUUGAAAUGGUUGGGAAUGGGGUUAGAGCAAAUGAGGUUACUAUGGUGUGUGUGAUUUCGGCUUGCGGGAAAUUGAGGGACUUGGAGUUGGGAGAAAGAGUGUGGAGGUAUAUUGGAGAGUUGGGGGUAGAAAUGAAUGAGGUUUUGGUGAAUGCGGUUGUUGAUAUGUUCACGAAAUGUGGUUCUGUAGAUAAAGCAAGAGAAGUUUCUCGUGGAUGUGUUGGUGGGGAUUUAGUUCUUUACAACACGAUUUUGUCAAAUUAUGUCCAUCAGGGGCAAGCUAGGGAAGUGGUUCCAGUACUAAAUGAUUUGCUGAAGCAGGGGUUGAAACCUGACCGUAUCACUAUGUUAUCUCUUAUAUCUGCAAGUGCAGAAUUGGAAAAUUAUCUGCUUGGUAGAGAGUGUCAUGGUUAUGUUUUGAGGAAUGCAUUAGAAGCUUGUGCUAAUAUCAGUAAUUCCCUUAUCAACAUGUACAUGAAAUGUGGAAAGAAAGAAUUGGGUUGUAUGAUUUUUGACAGAAUGAUGAAUAAGACCGUGGUCUCCUAUAACUCGCUGAUUGCAGGUCUUGUAGGAAAUGAUGAUGUUGAGUUGGCUAGGAAAAUAUUCAGUGAGAUGCCAGAGACUAAUCUUGUGUCAUGGAACACCAUUUUAGCUGGCUUGGUACAAGAGAGCUUAUUUGAGGAAGCAAUUAAACAUUUUCGUAGGAUGCAGAAUAAGGGAAUAGAACCAGAUGAGAUGACAAUGGUUACUGUUGCAUCUGCCUGCGGAUAUUUGGGUGCCCUUGAUCUUGCAAAAUGGACCUAUAGAUACAUUAAAACUAACAACAUAUAUUGUGACUUGCGCCUCAAUACAGCCCUGGUUGAUAUGUUUUCUAGGUGUGGGGAUACUCGAAGUGCAAUGCUAGUUUUUGAUACAAUGAAGGAGAGAGAUGUGUCUGCUUGGACAGCAGCCAUUGGAGCCAUGGCCAUAGAAGGAAACGGAGAACAAGCAGUCCAUCUGUUCCAUGAAAUGAUCAUGCAAGGGGUAAAGCCGGACGAGGUAGCAUUCGUAAAGGUACUGACAGCAUGCAGCCAUGGGGGUCUUGUAAAUCAAGGCAUGUCUAUUUUUCAAUCCAUGACAGAGCUCCACAAAGUUUCUCCUCAAAUUGUUCAUUAUGGUUGUGUAGUUGAUUUACUCGGUCGGGCUGGAAUGUUGAAGGAAGCUUUCAACUUUAUCCAAACAAUGCCCAUCGAACCCAAUGUCACAGUUUGGAGGGCAUUUCUAGCUGCUUGCAGAACCCACAAAAAUGAAAAAAUGGCAACAUAUGCAGCUGGGAUGAUAGCCGAAUCAACUGGUGAAGAUGCUGGGGUCCAAGUUCUGCUUUCAAACAUAUAUGCUUCUGCUGGCAAAUGGACUGAUGUUGCAGAAGUGAGACUAAGCAUGAAGGCAAUGGGGAUAAAAAAAGUGCCAGGAUCUAGCUCGAUCGAGGUUAAUGGCACCAUUCAUGAGUUUACUUCAGGUGAUCAGUCUCAUUUAGUUACAGAUCUUAUUCUCCCAAUACUGGAAGAAAUGAACUACAGACUCAGAGAUGUGGGCUAUGUUCCUGACCUCAAAAGUGUCUUGUUUGAUGUUGAUGAGCAAGAAAAGGAUACAUUGCUCAGUAGACACAGUGAAAAACUAGCCUUAGGCUUUGGACUCAUAAGUACAAGCCAUGGAACGCCCAUACGCAUAAUCAAGAAUCUCAGAAUCUGUUCUGACUGUCACUCUUAUGCAAAGUUAGUAUCAGAGAUAUAUGACCGUAAAAUUAUUAUUCGAGAUAACCACCGAUUUCACGUUUUCGAGCAUGGAAUUUGCUCUUGCAGUAAUUAUUGGUAGCAUGUAAACAAUCCUGUUCGAUAAUUUGUCAAUAGCUAAGUUCUCGGAUUGUUUACAGAUCAUUCAGUCCAUUCCAGAGAACGCCCUACAUAGAUGGUAAAGGAAAUAAAAAGUUUUACAAGACACGAUCAGGAGAUUAUCAUUACACCCUUGCAGUGUUCAGGGAAUGCUAGAAUCUGACCCUUCCUAUUGAAAGACCCCUAAAUUGGAUUAGUAGAGAGAGGGGCACAGGCAUCGAUAUCAGCCUUGUACAUGGGGUCUUUUUGCCAGAGUGUAGCCAGCUGAUGUGGAGAAGUAGUGAGCCUGUGAAUUUGUUCCGUCAUCCAGAGGAAAACUUCAGCUUUGGCUGGAUGAAUAAUAGUAUCAAGUCUUUUGUUAGCAUCAUCAGCACCAAUCCUGUUUCGGUCCAGCUGCUUCAGGUAGACAUUUGUGAGGUAAUGCAGAGGCUGAUUGUAUAAUUGUUUCGUAGAAUCACCAAAUCCACUCCACGAGGUAAAUGGAAUGAUAGCACCACGUUUGGUUGGGAUUGGCAGCUGCAUCAUAUAAUCUUGGUACGCUUGGGCACUUCUAAAGACACCAUUUUCUGCAAUUCAAAUGACAGUAAAAAGAGGGGCAUGUGAAGAUAUAGAAGCCAGACUGAGGAUAAAAUUAGAGGGUAUUUGACAGUGGACCAUGUGAUGAUAUAAUGAUGAUUGACUGGGGAAAAAAAUCUAUUUCAGGCCCGCAACCUGGUCCGCUUUCACAGUUCCACUUCACCUCUUUAAUUUUCUAUAACUUUAGGAAUAGUAAUGUGUAAAGUCAAAAUUUUGAUCCUUGGUUUUCAUCUUGUUUUCAUUUCUGCUUCUUUAACCCUAACCCACUAAAUUAUCCCAAUAACACCUUCAGAUUUAAUAUAACAAUUUUUAAAA